ACGAAGAGGAAGUGUGCGCGUGAGAACGAGAGAGAAAGCAAGAGGGGAAGAGAGAAAGAAUGAGAAAGGAAGAGAGACAUGUCAGUGGAUAAAUUGCAACAAUUUGCUUAAAGGGUCGUGGCAACGGAGAAGAGAGGAGAAACUAUGGCACUGCUGCAGUCGGAAUCGGGGCGAACUACGGAUUCAUAGUUUUUGCGUUAUUAUUCUAUAUGUGUACUGGCCUUUUUUUUUUUUUCACGCGAAAACGCACAGAGAUUGCUCAUAUCCGCGCGCGGCCAAUGCGGCGAAUAAAUUCACGAGGAGAAGCGCAAUAACGUCGGCGGGAGUUUCCCUCUGAUCGCGCUCUCGCUCUUCUUCAGCUCGGAGAGAAGAAACCGGAGGAGGAAAACGAAGAGAAAUAAAAAUCCGGAAUAUUUUGGCACUCGCGCACACACACACACACAAACACUAUCUGUGUGUAUGUCUCCCUCUCCGCACCACCUGACACGUGCGCUCUGUCCAAGGGAAACGGAGCGGUCUAUAUAUGUCUACGGUGCUUUUGUGCGGCUCGGCUAAUAGACUCAAAAUUACUGGUAUGGUUCUGCGAUUCGCCCACGAUGUCGGUCUACGCGACGAUAUUGCCUCUCAUCUUUGUGGGGUUAUUAGGAACUAUAUUUGGAAAGGAUAUUAAAGGUUCUGCCUUUUGUGAGUUUUACAAUGACACAAUGUGUAAGGCCAACAUGUCUGAGCAGGAAUGUUCAGGGAGAGAAGAAUGCGUCUUGCACGAUCCGGACAAGCGUAAUCACUGUUACGUGUUAUGGGCGAUUGACAUUGUCACCGAAAAGCCGAUAGUCAGAUUGAAGGGUUGUUUCCUAGAUAACAAUGACUGUUACGACAAAACACAUUGUAUCGGAGAUAAGACCGAGAAGGGAUUGUAUUUUUGUUGCUGCGACGGUAAUAUGUGCAACCAAAACUUCACCAAGAAUCCACAUCCAACGUCAUCAUCCAAGCCUACGUCGCCUACCGUUACCCAUGAAUCUGAACCUGUGCCCGAUACGGAGCAACGAGCGAUAACGCUAUCUCUACUGAUAUCAUUUCCUAUGCUUCUUACGCUUAGUUCACUUUUUCUAUGGUGGUUUUGUCGUCGUCGAAAACUAGGAUAUUUCAACGAGGUACCGACGUUGGAACCUCUGCCACUGCCGCAAUCUUUACCCAAUGUAGGUUUACGACCGAUACAACUUCUCGAGAUCAAGGCUCGAGGUCGUUUCGGAGCGGUCUGGAAGGCUCAGCUCAAGAAUGAGAUUGUGGCGGUCAAAGUGUUUCCUAUCCAGGACAAGCAGUCGUGGCAGACGGAGCAAGAAAUUUUCAAGCUCGCACACAUGGAUCACGAGGACAUAUUACAUUUUAUCGGCGUUGAAAAGCGCGGUGACAACUUGCAGGCUGAGUUCUGGCUGAUCACGGCGUAUCACGAAAAAGGCUCGCUCUGCGACUACCUGAAAGCGAAUGUUGUUACGUGGCACGAGAUGUGUAGAAUUGCAGAAUCCAUGGCAAGAGGUCUGAUGCACCUACACGAGGAGAUCCCGGCCAACAAAGCGGACGGAUACAAACCGGCCGUGGCUCACAGGGAUUUUAAGUCGAAAAACGUUCUGCUCAAGGCAGACAUGAGCGCGUGCAUAGCGGACUUCGGUUUGGCGCUCAUCUUUCACCCGGGAAAACCCUGUGGCGAUACACACGGACAGGUUGGAACGCGUAGAUACAUGGCGCCGGAAGUUUUAGAAGGGGCAAUAAAUUUUACCAGAGAUUCAUUUCUACGUAUCGAUAUGUAUGCUUGUGGGCUAGUGUUAUGGGAAUUAGCUUCAAGAUGUACUGUACAAGAUGGACCAAUAGGAGAAUAUCGAUUACCGUUCGAGGAUGAGGUCGGUCUGCAUCCUACUUUAGAAGACAUGCAAGAAAGCGUUGUUCAUAAAAAAGAAAGACCGCUUAUUUUAGAAACUUGGCGUAAACAUCCAGGACUUUUAUCAAUUUGUGAUACGAUGGAGGAGUGUUGGGAUCACGACGCCGAGGCGCGUCUCUCCGCCUCGUGCGUGGUGGAACGAGUCGCUACUCUUAGCAGAACUCUUGUAUUAAAUUCAUCCACUUUGAUUCGAGUUGAUAACACCAACGAGAUUAUUACUACCAAGGAGUCUAGUAUGUAGUUAGCGCCUAUUCAUCCGUUAUAAUCAGUGACGGGCAUUCAGAGAGUCUUCGAUACGUUUUUUUCGAUAAUAAUCGUCGUCUACGAGCCAUUUGACAUUUUUUUCUUUUCGCAAAUUCAAAAACACAGAAUUGUCUCAGAUGUGUCCGUCGCUGAUUGUAAGCUUCAGUUUUGACUGGCACAAUUUUUGUAUCAUAAUUUUGUUAAUAUACAUAUCAAUGAGGAAUGUUAAAACAAUAGGAAAAGACAAACGUAUAUAUACGCUUCGAUCACACUUUUUGCUACAUUUGAUGAAUAAUUUAUUAAUUUAUUUUUGCGACGUAUCACACGCGUGUUAUAUAAUGGCCAUUUUUACACAUACGCAAGCAUGUGUGUACAAUUACGUAUGCGUUAUUUAUAUACAUAUUUACGUGCACAUGCGCACAUAUGUGUACAAUAACAUACAUAAUACACACAAUAUGUAUACAUGUAUGAAUGAAAACAGCCAUUAUGUAUCGUCCGUUUCGAGACUCCUCUCGCGUUUGCAUUUGUCUCGAAAACUUCCAGUUAGAACUCGACUAGAUUCUCGCCACUAUCCUCGCGCGAUUUUGUCGUACGAAACAAUCUGAAUUUUUUGGAAAAAGUUCGGAUACCCUUGUGUAACGAAAUCGCGCGAAAGGAAAGUUUUAAUUGUUUUUUUUUUUUUUUUUUUAGUAAAGUUUUAUGACAUCUGGGAGUCUCGGAUAAAAUUAUACAUUGGUUAAUUAUUUUAUUUCGAUGCCUUUGGACACGACGUUUAAAUCUUGACAGAUCUAACGCGGGAUUGGGGAUCAUUUUUCCAUAAUCAUAGAACAAGUGGGAAUGCAAAUUGAAUAAAAUUAUCACACUCUUUUGUAUUUUUAACAAAUCAAACAAUCGCGGAAGAAAGAAACCGCCAAAACUAAAGAUAAUAAUUGAAUAAAAUAUUUAAAACAUCUACAAUCGACGUAAAAUAUCGGGAAAAUAAAAUUCUAAAUCUCAAGAAUGUAAAAAAAAAAAAAAAAAACAACUUGCAGCUUCACGGACCGCGCGCGAUCUACGAAAGGUCAAUGAGAAACGAUCGUGAAAAGUCCAAGGCCGGUAUCGACAGUCCGAUCUUGUUCAAGAUCCUCUUAAAUUUUUAUCUCGCGAUACGAUCUUACGUAAGAUCUGAAUCAUUAUUUUGACGGGGAAAAAUUUUACAAACAAGAAAAAAAAGACAAAACACAAAAAUAAAUAAACAUACACAAACAACAAACGUUGAAUAACGUAAAGUUAACAAAUAGUGAAAUACCUACUAGUUAUCUACUUGCCAAAUUAUAUCGCCUAUAUAUUUAUAUAAUGUGUAUAUAUAUAUAUAUACACAUACACACACACAUAUAUAUAUGUAUAUAU